GGCGCUAAACCGCUACGAAAACAACACGCCUCGAUGCGGAAAAACCAGGAAGUGACUUGUUCUGCUCCUCGGCUUCGAAAAGAUGGAGCAAACUACAAGCGACCCUCGUCCAAAAAUAUUUACAUGCCAGGUGUGCGAGUUAAGCAGCCCCUUCACUUACCACGGCCAGAAACCACCAAACACCAGAGCCAUUGUGCUGCUUGAGGAGUGUUUUGUGACCCAGGACCCCUUCAGUCCGGACAGGGAAAAGUUUCUUGUUUUGGGUUCCGCCUGCAGCCUGUGCGACACACGUGUUUGUGUUGGGUCGGACUGCAGUCUUUUCUACACCAAGAGGUUCUGCAUGCGCUGCGUGAACAAGCACUUGGAGCAGUUCCCACGUCAGAUCCAGGCUGAGCUGGCUAAGAAGAAGCAGAGCUCCAAGUCAUCUGACAAGUAGAGGUCUAUGACAUACUCUCAAAAAGAGGAGGAAUGAGUCGGCCUCCAGUACCAGCUCUCUUCAUCAAAGCCAUACGGAACUAAACUCUACAAACGGCACAUGAAAACAUCCUGUAAUUUAUUGGCAUGGCUUUCAUUUUGGAUGGAAAAUUAACACCACACAUCAGAAUAAUACUAGAUCAUCCCUUUGUGCUAAAAAGGUUGUCAUUUUCUUCUACAUCUGUAUUUUUAGACGCAAGAAAAGGUCUCACUGAUUUCAUGUAGGUAAAAAGGUCCUACACUAGCUCUCGCUUUCUAAUUAAACAACUCCCUAAAACGGUUCAAAAUAAUGCUAAUAUCUCAUGUGAAGGAUGAUGAAUUUGACCGUUCACUAUUUUCCAAGUUGCUGGGUAACUGAUUUAAAAAAAUAAGAGACGGCUUCACUGCCCUUUGCAGAGUGAAAAACAUAUAAUUCACAAUGUUACUUUUGUUCCUCAUUAAUAAUGCCUGUUUUGGAAUAUUUUAAACACCCAUUUUAUAUUAGAAAAGGAAAAAUACUACCCAUAUUAUUACACUUUAGCAACACAUGGAAACAUUCCCAUUUACGGAAGUAAUUAUCUCUAACUAAGGACAUCCUUUUUAUGGGUGCAUUUAUGGGCAAACGUUGCACUGCUAACUUCUGUGAAGUUGAAACAUUGUCAUUUCUGUUCAUUCUGAAGCUAUAAAAAAUACACACAGUGA